AUGUGGGACCCGGACGAGUUUGAGCGGCAGUGGCUGAGGGAGUUCCCGGGGGGAGAGAGCCCGGUUCCCCGCCUCCAGUUACACUCUGUGUCCGAGCUGGAGGCUGAGCUCCGGCGGAGUGAGGAGAGACUCCGGGCCGGACAGCAGCUCCUGGCCCAGGAGAAGUUUAAAGUGAUUUACCUGCAAACUGUACUGGAGAGACACAGCCCCCAGGGUCAGGGGGAGAGACACAGCCCCCAGGGUCAGGGGGAGAGACACAGCCCCCAGGGUCACCUGUACCCCCACACUGAGGGCCAGGGCGUGGGGGACAGACCCCAGGGUCACCUGUACCCCCACACUGAGGGCCAGGGGGUAAGGGACAGCCCCCAGGGUCAGGGGGAGAGACACAGCCCCCAGGGUCACCUGUACCCCCACCCUGAGGGCCAGGGCAUGGGGGACAGACCCCAGGGUCAGGGGGAGAGGGACCGAUCCCAGGGUCACCUGUACCCCCACACUGAGGGCCAGGGGGUAAGGGACAGACCCCAGGGUCAGGGGGAGAGGGACCGAUCCCAGGGGGACGGACCCCAGGGUCAGGCGGUAGGGGAGAGACGACAGGGGGAGAGGGAUGGACCCCAGGGUCAGGGGGAGAGAGACAGACCCCAGGGGAUGGGGGACAGACCCCAGGGUCAGGCAGUAGGGGAGAAACAACAGGGGGAGAGGGACAGAUCGCAGGGGGAGGAGGAUAGGGACAGAGCCCCAGAUCAGGAGGGGAAGGAGGAGAGCCCCCUGGGUGGGAGCGACAGACUCCCAAGACACUGGGAGAAGGGCCCGGUUGAAAAGGUUCAGAGGGAAUGUGAUUCGGGCCAGUGGGAAACGAACCGCCACCAGAAAGAGCUGUUGCCGAACCAGGAGCACAAGGAGGAUGCAGAUAGUGACCUGGAUUCUGUCUCUCCAAGCCCUGGUCAUCUAGGGCCAAGCUGCCUACGGAGGGGUCAAAGGGUAAACCGGAUCCGAAAUGGCAGUGGAUCCCCGAUUGCAAGCCCCAGGUUGAGAAGACGCCAAUUCUUGACAGUUCCACAUGAUUCAGAGCGAGCUUCCAGUGGAGCAAGUGAUGGAUACACUAGUUCGGAGCAUGAAGACUGGAGUUCAGAUUAUAAUUACACAGAUGCCUUUGAUGGGGAGAGUGCAGAUGAACCAAAAGCUGCUCAAGAAGCUUCUGAAACAAUGCCAUAUAUCGAUGAAUCUCCCACAAUGUCACCGCACCUCAGCUCUAGAGCCAAGGAAACAAAUGACACAGUCACGUCAACAACAGAGAACAUGGCACCAACGAGUGAGAUGGAUCCAGAGAAGCGAUUGGAGAUGAGGAAUUUUGUACUGUCUGGUAUCCUGGCAAGUGAGGAGAUCUACUUGAACCAGCUGGAGGCCCUACUCCUGCCACUGAAGCCACUCAAAGCUGCUGCUACCACCUCACAGCCGGUUCUGACCAAUCAGCAAAUUGAGACCAUCUUCUACAAGGUGCAGGAAAUCCAACAGAUUCACCGAGAAUUCUGUGACAGUCUGCGUCCCAAAAUCGAGAACUGGGAUUCCCAGCAUUCUGUGGGACACCUCUUCCAGAAGCUGGCCGAAGGUCUCGGAGUGUACCAGGCCUUUGUGGGAAAUUAUAAAGUUGCCGUGGAGACAGUUGAGAGAUGUAGCUUGGCUAACAACAACUUCAAGAAGAUCUCAGAGAAUCUGAAAGUCAAAAGCCCCAAGGAUUCAAAGGAAUGUUCCACCUCUGUCACAUUGGAAGCUCUGCUCUACAAGCCAAUCAACCGAGUUACUCGAAGCACCCUGGUGCUACAUGAUCUCCUGAAGCACACUCCAACACAGCAUCCCGACUACCCCUUACUGCAGGAUGCUCUCCGAAUCUCUCAGAAUUUCCUGUCCAGCAUUAAUGAGGAAAUCUCUGAUCGGCACGCACACAUGACACUGGCAAAGGGAGAGAAUCGGCAGUUGGUGAGAGACGGUUUUAUUGUUGAAGUUUCAGAGGGAUCCAGGAAACUGCGACAUGUUUUCCUCUUCACUGAUCUCCUGUUGUGCGGCAAACUGAAAAAGCAGGCAGUCGGGUAGGGAAUUUCCGGGUCUGCA